UAGCGUGAGCCAGACGGUUUUUUAUGGAUCCUAUUACUCAGCUGAGCUAACUAGGAAGGCAUCAGAGAUGCCGUCUAGAUAGGCCGCUUAUAAGGUUUCCAAACACAGCCGCUGAAAGCAGCGCUUACAACCGCUUACAGCAGCAUUCAUCUGCUCCGGGCAAACCAUCUGACAUCGCAGGUUAUUCGCUCUGAAAAACAGCAAAUCAGCCAUUUUAGCCCCAUGCGUGUUUCUAUGCAAAACGAACAAAGCCUUCAUGUGGAACAAAAGCAAAAGGCAGAUAGUUUUAGACAAUAAUAAAAAUCCUGCUCUUUUAUUUCCGCGAGUUGUCUGUCUUCGCGCUGAAUUCUAGCAUGUGCCACAUGUGACGGUAAUAGGAAUGUGGAGCAUGGGAUCACAACAACCCAUCACCAACAGCUUGGAAUCAUCUUGGGAGAUGAAAGAUGGAUGCUUAAGGAGGAUCGGAGCCUGCCAGAUUACAUCAUAAACUCACCAUGGACCAGGGCUUCAGUUUCAGCACACUGAAGAAGCUAGCGGCUGAGCCGGACCACACCGAUGUCACUCUUCCGGCGGUCGAGCGAGUUCGGGCCCUCAGCAAGAUGGGCUAUAAUAUUGAAAUAAAUGAAGACAUCACACCACGGCGCUACUUCCGGUCGGGUGUGGAGAUGGAGCGGAUGGCAGCUGUUUAUCUGGAGGAGGGUAGUCUGGAGAACGCCUUUGUCCUCUACAACAAGUUCAUCACUUUAUUUGUUGAGAAGCUCCCCUGUCACAGGGACUAUCAGCAGUGCAAUGUACCUGAAAAGCAAGUGAUAAUGAAGAAAUUACAGGAAGUGGCUUUUCCACGCAAGGAUCAAUUGAAGAGACUUCUCCAUGAGAAAUACAACAAAGAACAUAGUGAAUUUCUGAAAAGUCAGAGCCAAGCCAAGGCAGCUGAGAUGUGUGGAGAUCGGCUUCAGAAGAUGUCUCUGUUGGAGGAGGAGAGGCAGCGCGUGGCGCAUCUCAGGAAGAUGCAAAUCGAGUCCGAGCAGUUCCGCUAUUUUGAGGACCAGUUGCGUAGACAAGAGGUGGCCGUUCACAAAGAGGAAGCUGUCCCCAAAGUGCCUGAACAAACAGAUGGGUCCUGCUUAUCCCAGACCCCGAAAAACCAUGUGCGCCUUGACCCCAAUCGUAAUAAACCAGCGCUCCCUAUCCCUAAACCGGCAGCCACUUUAGCUGCUGUUCAAAAUCAGCGUGUGGACGGCUUGCGGCAGGUUGUCAUCCCACGAGACCUGACAUACAGGUUUCUUCUGCUGGCUGACAGUAACACUGCCAGAGGGGUUGAGACGUGUGGCGUUCUCUGUGGAAAGCUGACGCACAAUGAAUUCAUGCUCACCCAUGUGAUUGUCCCCAAACAAUCCGCUGGUCCAGACUACUGUGAUAUGGAGAAUGUGGAAGAGCUCUUCAGUUACCAGGACCAUCAUAACCUCCUGACCUUGGGCUGGAUUCAUACACACCCGACACAGACGGCCUUUCUCUCCAGCGUGGACCUUCAUACUCACAGCUCCUAUCAGCUCAUGCUACCGGAGGCCAUUGCUAUUGUUUGCUCACCUAAACACAAUGACACAGGGGUCUUCCGACUCACCAGUGCCGGAAUGGGAGAAGUGGGCGGUUGCCGGUUGAAAGGCUUUCAUCCCCACUCUAAAGAUCCACCUCUGUUCACUAUUUGCAAGCAUAUUGUGGUGAAGGACUUGAAAACGACAGUGCUGGACCUCAGGUGACAGGAGAAGCGGAUACUUUAGAAAACCAUUGAGAAGAUCUGUUUACUUGAAGGCUUUUAUGUAUUUAUUUAUUUGACAAAAAAGUAUUGUGAAAUGGAAUUACAAACUCUUUGAAUUUGCAAUUUUACAAUUUCCAAUUGUUUUUUGUGGGUUUUUUAGAUAAAUGUAAGCUUUUUGUUUGUGGCCAGGUGUUUUUUAAAGCAUUUUAUGUCUCUUCUGAUCUGAUGGCUUUUUCGCUUCGUUGUCCUCAAGGUGGCGUCAUUUAGCAAGACGUACUGCGAGGCUACUGACAUGUGAAUUGUUUUUCUGGACUUUUUAAGGAAUUUGUGUGGGUGUUUGAGAGUGAUUUGCCUUGAAUAUCCAUUGAUAUCACAUGCAGUUCUCACCUUAAUAUAAUAUACUCUGAAAAGUUAUAUUUUCUUUUUAAAUAAACAGAAUUGCUUUUGUUGUUUUAUUCCAGGAAACAUAGAAUUACUUAUUAUUUCUUGACCUUACUAUUAUGACAUACAUUUUUAUUAUUUUUUUAUGGUUAAUGAAGUAUUAUGCUGAAGUAAUUCUGAUCACAAUGUGGUUUUCAGGUCACUCAAUACUUGGUAAAAAGACUUUUGUUUUUCCUAACAAAAAUGAGGCAAUAUACUUGUACUGGUUAUUGGACAGAUUUUCUUUGCCGACUCAAGCCUGCUUUGUAGUGUAUUAAUACACACUGAAGUUUUGCUAAAAAAUUAUCAAUAGAGUCAAACAAAGCUUUGCUGUAAUCUCAGGGUAACAUUCCCUUAUUUUUAAAGCGGACAUAAAUUUUUGUCUUUGAUCUUAUAUAUUCAUUUGAGAAAGUUAUUUUUCAAAACAGCAGAAAAUAUACCUUUACACGUGGAGAGCUACAGUUCAGACAGUCUGUUUAAUUUGUGCGUCUCUUGUACAAUUUGGAUGGGAUUUUCAUCGGAUUGUGGCUGUGCCAGUGGUUUCACUGAAAUGUGCAUUGCUGUUGUGGCUCUUUGUGCACAGGCUUAUGUGUCUGGACAAGCAUCAUCUCGGCACAUUUGUUAAUAAAAGCAAACUUUAACU